AUGUUAAGAUAUUUGAAGAUACGAAGUCCCUGUAUUAUUGGAUUAAUACUUGCUAGUUUAUUUAUUGUCUGUCUUCUUCAUCAUAAUUUAACCACUGAAUUAUCUGUUAGAAAUUCUGUUGCAAUUAUACCAAAUAAAUCGUUAGAAUCGACAUCAUUAUUAUCAUCACCGAGAGAAUUACUUUUAUUAUAUGAACAAGAAUAUUCUCGUGUAGAAUCAACUUCAUUUCGUCCAACAUUUCAUAAUCAUCAUUUAACAUUAAAAUUAAAUUUAACAGCAAUAGCAAUAGAAUAUUUCGAUUAUUUUAAAAAUUCUUCAACAAAAACAACUUCAGCUCUUAAAAUAACUUGUUUACAAAGUUCGAAAAAUAGAAAUAAUUUUCGUUCGAUUUGCGAUAUUUUUUUGACUUUUCAAAUCAAAAUAUUAAAUUCACAAAAAGUACAAUUAACUUUAUUAUCAAAAAAUACAAGUUGUUCCGUAUUAUUAACAAAUAUAUCUGAUUUAAUUCUUAUCAAUGUUCAUCAAACGUUUUCAAUCGAUGACAUAUUUCGUUUUACUCAUCAAUGGACUAAUACUAAUAACAAAACAGAACUAUUUUGGCGUUCAUGGCCUCCGACAACAACAACAUGUUUAAAAUCACUUCCAUGUUCUCUCACUAAUAUUUUAACACAUUCCACAUCAAAAGAAUUAUUUCUUACAGAACAAAACGCUGUUUCGUAUUGGCUUGACUUACAAUAUCAAGUCUUUAUCAAUCAAAGAUUAUCAAAUGAAAGAAAGAAAUCUGUAAAUAAUAGAAAUUUCGUUCCAUAUGAAAUCGCGAAAAAUCCUCGUGUAUGUUCAAGUGAAUUUCAAAAUUGGAUUUUAGACUAUCAAAAAUGGCAUGAAAAUAUAAUGUUGAAUAUAAAUAAUGGUUCAAUGACAUUUGAAGAACAACGUAAUCGUAUAAUUGAACUUGACGUUCGGUUUUUAAUCUAUGAAAAACAUACCUCAGGUCUUUCUGAUCGAAUAAUUCAUUUGAUUUCAACAUAUUUAGUCGCAUUAUUAACAAAAAGAUUAUUUAUAUUCGAUAAAAAUUGGCCUGAAUUUACUGAAAUAAUGCAAUCGAGUUUAAAUUAUGAUCAACAAUUAAUCAUACCAUGGAUUGAACAACUUGAUUUACUUAAUAAAAAUUUAACUCAAAAUGAUCGAAAAUAUUUAACAUCGAAGACUGAAUGGUUUUCUUCGAAUCGGUUGCUUAAAGAUUAUGAUUAUGAUAAACUAUUUCCUGAACGUAUUCUAACAUUUAAAGGACAUACAGGUGGUGUUAUACAAACUAUUCAUUCAAAUUCAAGUAUUUAUAGAAAAUUUUUAACUAUCGAUCUUCAAAUGAAUACAAAUAAUAUAUUUGGAUGUCUUUAUCAUUCUCUAUUUACAUAUAAAUUAUCUGAAUUAAUCAAUCGAGCUCCAUUAACUUCUUCGGAUUUACCCGUAGGUCAUUCAUCUCAACUAAUUUUACAAAUACUUUUAGCACCAAUAUUUUUUCCAAUUGGAGUUCAAGUUCGUGCUGGUGAUGAAACGAUGAAUGAGCAAAAUAUUGAUCAAUCAAAUCCUGAGCACAUAAUUGGCAAAUAUCAAAAUUUUCUUGCAUGUAUUCAACAAAUCAAUAUGAUUAAUGAAAAAUUAGUUGAUAAAACUAUUCGAACUCCAAUUGUUUUUCUCUUAUCGGAUAGUUAUGAAAUUCGUCGAGCUGCUUUGAAACUUAAACCAUUAUCAUUAGAAUGUUAUAGACUAUCUGAGAAAGAAUGUCAAUUGAAUUAUUAUGAUUUACAUGUACUAGCAAGUCCAAAUCCUGUUUUUCAUGUGUCAAAUGAUACAAAUCGCGUGUUAGCUUUUAAAUUAGGAAUGUUUGAUAUUUUUCUUUUUAGUUUAUGUGAACAACAUCUUAUUAGUACAGAGAGUAGUUUCGGUCGUUUUCCUGCUUUUGCAUCUCUAAAACAGCGAAAUAUAUAUUCACUUGGUCUUCAUGAACUUAAAUCAUGUAAAAAUGAUGGUCUACCACUUUCAGCUGUAGGUUAUCAGUGGUCCGGAAUUUAA